UAUCCGUGUGUAUAUGCUGGUCGGGUGUGUUCCAGAUCUCACAAACUGAACCCUAACAAAUCAAAGGUUCACCCCUCUUCGUGACCUACGAGUGAUUUCUUGACGCCAUCGCUGGUUAGGUUGAAGAAGUUGGAUUCGAUUUUGAAUGAAACUAGGGCUUUUUUCUGCCGCGCCAUGGUAGGACUAAACUUCGUCCAGUAGAAAAAUCCAAGUGAUCUUUUUCUGAUUACAUUUGCAGAAAGAUGAAAUUACAUGCCAAAUCAAUGGCCUCUCAGAAGGAAGCAACGAAUCCUAAACACCAACCUCUCUUGAAGCCAUCGAGCAACCGUGAGGCUGUUGGGCCUCCAUUAAAGCGUAAAAGGAAUGAAGAGUCUAUUUCUGUGAAGCAGAUUUUAAAGCAGAACCCUGACCAAAAGAUUUACGCUAGCGAAAAGGGGCGAAAGGGAAAUUCUGAAGAGAAAAGGAACAGUCCUACUGCCCUCACCCGUAGUGAGCCAAAACCUCUACCAAGUUUUGAAAGUUUUGCUAUAGAAGAGGAAGAAGGUUCAGGUGGUUACGGCACAGUCUACAAGGCACGGAGGAAGAAUGACAGAGCAUUAUUUGCUAUUAAAUGUCCUCAUGCAAAUGCUAAUAGACACCGUGUUCAUAAUGAGCUGAAGAUGCUGGAGCGAUUUGGGGGGAAGAACUAUAUCAUAAAGUAUGAAGGUUCUUUCAAGAGUGGAAAAUCUGAGUGCCUUGUUUUAGAGCAUGUUGAGCAUGACAGACCUGAGGUCUUAAAGAGAGAAAUAGAUGUUUUCCAGCUCCAGUGGUAUGGCUACUGUUUGUUCAAAGCCCUUGCGCGCUUACAUAAGCAGGGUGUAGUUCACAGAGAUGUUAAACCUGGCAACUUCCUUUUCUCCCUUAAGGUCAAUAGAGGUUAUCUCAUUGACUUUAACCUUGCUAUGGAUCUCCAUCUGAAGUAUGGACCUAUUGACAAAUCAAUGGUGGGCUAUGAUGUGAGCAUCAAUUGUAUUCCACUUGCCCAUGCCAAAUCUCUUCCUCCUACCAAUCAGAAGACAGGUAAAUCCUUGGAAGCAAUCCAUAAGGGCGCAGGAAAAGGCUCUAAACCACUUUUAUUACCCAAGAAUUUAAAAAGGAAAGCUGUGAAACAAACAAAUGCCUUCACGGAGUUAGGCAGUAGGAAUGCGAUGGAAAGCCAAGGCGCAGAUGGCUCUUGGAUUACUUCAGCAAAGGAUGCAACAAGACGUGGAACUCCAUCAACAGAUAGAUUGAGGGAACCCAUCCCAUGCCAAGGUAGAAAAGAGUUGAUCAGCCUGGUGCAUGAAGCAAUGCAGAGUUCAAAUUACAAAGCACAAAGUGCUCCAGCUUCCAAGAGAAAAAGGAUUGCUGCACUUCCUGGAAAAGUAGAUCAAAUACUUGUUUACCUUACUCCAAUGCCACUGCACUCCGCUGGCUAUACUGUUGCUGGUGCUGGGCCGCUGGAGAACAAAAGUGUAUUGUCUAUUUUAGGGGAUAGAAAGCAAAAGAGAGAAGGCCCUUGUGUUGGAACCAAGGGCUUUCGAGCUCCAGAGGUACUAUUCAGAUCGCAACAUCAAGGCACCAAAGUUGAUAUCUGGUCUGCAGGGGUCACCUUACUAUAUUUGAUGAUUGGACGAACACCAUUUACUGGUGAACCUGAACAGAAUAUCAAAGAAAUCGCAAGGUUGACGGGCAGUGAAGAUCUCUGGGAAGUGGCCAAGCUGCAUAAUGGUGAAUCUUCAUUUCCAGUGGAUCUUUUAGAUGUACAAUUCUUGUCAUCUAUGAAGCUGCGAGAUUGGUGCAAACAGAACACGAAAAGACCAGAAUUCUUGGAUCUUAUUCCGAGAUCACUAUUUGAUCUUGUGGAUAAGUGCCUAAUCGUGAACCCAAGACAGAGGAUAAGUGCAGAAGAAGCACUAAGGCACGGGUUCUUUUCUCCAUGCCAUGAGGGCCUAUGAAACGAGAGACUACUCAGGGAAUGACUCAGCUCGGACUCUGAAACUACCCUUCUUUUGCAUGGGCAGUCAAGGUGAGCCAUCCUUGUAGGGUAGCGUAUUUUAUAAUGUAAAAAGAAAAAGCUCCCCAGUUGACUUCCAUUUUGUGAACAUAUUUUAACUAUGUUGAUAUCUGAAUUUAACUGAUAUAGACGAAAAUUGGAUGACUCUAGAUCACUAGAUGCUUAUUGUUAUAGCGGAUUGAGAUACAAUUAUGACACCGUUAUUAAACCGGUCUAUCUCAUGGUGUUUUUUUAA